AUGUCUGUUACCACCCAAUUUUAUUAUAGAAACCCAAAGAGCGUUGGUUUAUCUUCUGGUAACCCUUCUUAUGAACAGCUCAAGGCGUUUGCCUCUCCUUCGGAUAUUGUGAGAGCUGCCUGUUAUAGCCCUGAUGGCUCGUUGUUUGCGUACACCCAACCUGAUUGUGUCACGAUCACUAAUCCAGAUACUGGUGCCGUUGUUGUUAGCUUGUCUCUCAAAGAUGUAUUUGACCUACAUUUUUCUCCAAGCGGCUCCUACUUAGCGGUAUGGGCGAAACCUAUAAGAUCAGUUGCUGACGAUGGUAGUAAUAAUGUUAUUUGGUCGAAGAAUGUCAAAAUUUUUGAUAUCCAGAAAAACCUUCAGAUUGCGGAAUAUACUGCUAAGGCUCAAGGUGGCUGGAAACCUCAGUUCACUGCCGAUGAGAAAAUUAUGACCAAACUAUAUCCAAACCAAGUCCGUUUUUACGAACUUGACGGUGUUGUCUCAAUCAAUUUUGAUAAACCUUCUUUCAUUUUGCAAAUCGAAGAUAUAUCUGCGUAUGCUUUGUCCCCUGGUAAAAACCCUGCUAUCGCAGUUUUUGUUGCCGAAAAGAAAGGUAAACCUGCCUUUGUGAAAGUCUUCAAUGUCUCAGCAAAUGGUUUCAAUCAGCCCCUCUGCUUCAAAUCGUUUUUUAAAGCUGAAAGAUGUGUGUUGAAAUGGAAUAGCUUAGGUACUGCCAUCUUAGCAUUGGCUUCUACUGAUGUGGACUCCUCAAAUAAGUCCUAUUAUGGUGAAACUGCUUUGUAUCUUUUGGGUAUUGCUGGAGCCUACAAUCCUAGGAUUACCUUAGAUAAAGAAGGACCAAUCCACGAUAUCAACUGGUCUCCAUCUUCCAGGGAAUUUGGGGUAAUUUAUGGUUACAUGCCUUCCCAAACUUCAUUCUUUGAUGCCAGAGGUAACUUGAUAUAUUCUUUACCACCAUCUCCACGUAACACUUUAUUAUUUUCUCCUCACGCGAAAUUUGUGUUAGUUGCAGGUUUCGGUAAUCUACAAGGCACAGUUGAUAUUUAUGAUAGAACCAAGAAAUUCAGCAAGAUCACCUCUUUUGAAGCUUCUAAUACCUCUGUAUGUCACUGGUCCCCUUGCGGAAGAUUCAUCUUGACUGCUACCACAUCUCCAAGAUUAAGAGUGGAUAAUGGUAUUAAAGUUUGGCACGCCAGUGGUAAAUUGGUUUAUUUGACUGAGUUCAAAGAAUUAUUUGCGGUUGAUUGGAGACCACAACCAGUUUCGUCUUUCCCGCCAUUGAAAAAUCUCGAAAAUGAUGUUGUUGCUCAUCAAAGCGCACAAGAGCACGAAUUACAGAAAGCGACAAAGAUUGCUAGUAGUGUAUCUGAUAAACCAAAGGCUACCGGUGCGUAUAGACCUCCACAUGCGAGAAAUAGUUCUAGUAAUGGUCCAGCAAAGACUCUUUAUGAAAAAGAAUUAUCAUCUAAGAUUGGAGCUACUUACAAACCACCAACUAAACCAAAGAGUAUUCCAGGCGCUGCUCCUGCUGUUGUGCAAGAAAGCAAGGCUGCUGCAAAAAAUCGUAAAAAGAAGGAAGCCAAAAAGGCUGCAAAGGAAAAAGAAGAGCCUACACAACCUUCUUCUGCCGAUAAUUCAGAAAGCUCUAAUAGUUCAGCUCCAAUUACAGGUGGAAGUAUUGUUGGUGGAGUGGUGAGUUUGGAGGAGAAGAAGAUUAGAAGUUUGUUGAAAAAGUUGAGAGCUAUUGAAACUUUAAAGAUGAAACAGGCUGCUGGAGAUAACUUAGAAGACACCCAAGUGUUGAAGAUAAAAACUGAAGAAAAAGUUAGAAGUGACUUGCGGGCUUUGGGCUGGAAAGAUGAAUAG